AUGAAUUCAGAAGGCAAUGUGAUUCUUCAGACCCCACAAAAUGCCAUCUUUUUCAAGACUUGCCAGCAAGCUAAGUGCCCAGGAGGAUGUAGAAAUGGAGGUUACUGUAAUGAGAGACAUGUCUGUGAAUGUCCAGAUGGGUUUUACGGACCACACUGUGAGAAAGCUCUCUGCAUGCCACGGUGCUUAAAUGGUGGGCUUUGUGUAACUCCAGGACUAUGUAUCUGUCCACCGGGUUAUUAUGGCAUCAGCUGUGAUAAAGCUAAUUGUUCGGCCAUCUGUCUGAAUGGAGGAACCUGCUUUUACCCGGAUAAAUGUAUCUGCCCGUCAGGUUAUGAAGGAGAUCAGUGUGAAAUAAGUAAAUGUCAACAACCAUGCAGAAAUGGAGGCAAAUGUAGUGGAAAGAAUAAAUGCAAAUGUUCUAAGGGCUACCAAGGAGAUCUGUGCUCAAAGCCUGUGUGUGAACCCUCCUGUGGAUCACAUGGAACCUGCAUUGAACCAAACAAAUGCCAAUGUAAGGAUGGGUGGAAUGGCAGAUACUGUAAUAAACGGUAUGGAGCCAACCUCACGAAUGUCCUCAGGCCAGCAGGCACGAAGAACAGACAGCACACACCUUCUCCAAAACGGACUGAUGACAGGCACGUUUCACCCGAGUCCAAUUAUAUCUGGUGA